UUGUUGGUCAAGCUUUCUGCAUCACACCUUGACGCUGGUAGAGAAAUCUUGUGUUAAUGUCGUUCUUUUCAGCGUCAACGCAUUCUAUGGGGCGCGGUUUUGCAAUUUAUCGUCUUCGUGUUCGAGCUGCUGCAAGUGUUGAAUUUCACGAUGCCGAAAGCACUGUGUGGAAUUCCUUCUUCAGUGGAGACUGCCUUUCGAGUAUCUCCAGGGGACAUUGGAGAUCUCUGCUCUGCCAAUAACAGACGUGGUGGCAGCCUCGCUAACGGGGAUACAGGACCGGAAAAAACUCCAGAGUCGAUCCGUCUACGGCUAACUGCUCGCAGAAAGCCACGAAAGCCGACCUCUCAGAAGGGGGCACACACGCCAAACGCACCCUGGGGGACCUCUUCUAGAAUGGAUUGGAGCACUAAAAGGAGACACCGAAAAGAUAAUUAUUUGCGAGCAUCCAUCAAAAACUGUUCGGGGAACGGGGUGCUCUCAACCGCUGACAGAGGAUCCGACGAUGCAAAUUCACUGUUGUUCCCGCUGUCUGCGUUCCCGCCCCUUUGCUUAACUGGUGGCGCUCAGGUGAACUCUACUAGUGAUUUUCAUGCAUACAGUGCUCUUGAUACCUCGGGAACACGGGCCAACAUUGACUUUCAGCAGCCAUAUUCUGCUUUGCCAGCGCCGUGGCUUGCACCUGAUCAUGGCGUUCGGAGGGCAUCCCGCGAGGCACAACGUGAUGGCGAGUGCAUAUCUUGUCAGAGUGAAUGUGAUGGCAGUGUCGUGCAAGAAUCAAUGAGUCGAAGUGAUUCGGCCUUUUUUUCACCUGCCCGGACUUUCACACGGUGCACCAGCCAUUAUUCGUCAGCGCAGACUUCAUCAGUUUCCUGCGGCCGAAUACCGUGGGCUCAUGCUCAUGCCAAAAUCUCCUCCCAGAGAAUUUCUAAUGACGUAGGCGAGGUGUCUGGGAUAGGGAAACUGCAGCUGACAAUUGUCGCAGAUCGCAGGAGCGCUUUCGUCAAAACGCAAAUGUGCCAGCAUGUGACCACUGGCAGGUGCAGAAUGGGAGAACUGUGUCGAUAUGCUCAUUCCGAAGCAGAGCUAAGACCCGCCCCGCAGUUGGACAAGACGACGAUGUGUGCGAGUGUUAAAGCAGGAAAACUUUGCCCAAGAGGUGAUGCGUGUACCUUUGCACAUUCGCGGGGAGAGCUGCGACAGACGAUCAACCACUACAAGACUAACAUGUGCCGAAACUGGCUAUCGGGACGCUGCACAAAAAGUAAUACGUGUAACCAUGCACACGGUGAACAGGAGCUUUCUUUCUAUCGUCGUCUCGCUGCCACUACGGGCCGCCGGAACUUCACCGAAGAACAACAGUGCCCGAGGUUUGAUCCAGUUGGCGCCACAGCUUGCGAUAGGGUCGCCUUUACUGUAACGGAUUCAUUGUCUGUGGCCUCGACUUCCCCCCAGGGUGGACGGGUACUUGACUCCAUUACGCAAGUAAUGCCGUUAUCGGUUCACCACUGCGGCCUUGGGUUCCACAACAGGCCUGGCCUUAGAUUUUAUUCAGGCACAAACGGACACGACCGGUUGCAGAUCCAGUCGAAGGCCAAGGAGGCAUCUGCAUCGGAUUCAGGUACUUCUUGUUCAAACUACCCUGGCAACAAGGAACCGUGUGUAACAGAAUCGACACCUGGCUGUAUGCCUUUUGAACACGGGCGCAGUAGCAAUGGAAACGCGCUGAUGCAGGCAAAAACGAUCGAGCCACACAACUACACUCGCGGCCAAAUGAAAACACAGUCCUUGUGGUCACCUCACGGGUGGCCACCCGUGGAGACCGCGGACAUGGGCGCAGAUUUCACGGAUGAGUCCGGCAUUGAUCGGUAUAUCCUAGGCAGCCCAACUUUUGCAAGAACGCGAGAAGACAGUGGGCAACAACCGAAGCAUCUUGGACACUUCGAUGUUUUCGAAACGGGAGACCCCGCGAAACAGCUUGAUCAUCAACGACAGGUGGGUACUCACAUUCACGACUCCGGGCGAUUACUAUCACGCCUUAUGGGCUUGACAUUUGCGGAGAGAGAACGUCAUGAAGCGCAGAAAAUUAGCAGUACGCUUCCUUUUCGGAGUCAAGAGGUAGAUGAGACAACCGCAAUGUCGCUUCGACAUGGGUGCAACACUGUCGCAACAAACGGAGGUCACAUUGGCUUCUUCUUUUCUGGUGCGGAUGUUUUCCCUGCGUUCCCACCGGCGAUGCCGACCUCUCUAGCUGGAGUAGCAGAUUCAUCGAGCUGCUGCAGAAGCUCCGGCACUCAGUCUUUUGGAAGCCCCUCUACUUUCAGCACAGCAUCUGCCCCUCCACUGGCAGGUCCGCAACGAUCUGAAUCCUGGGAAAUAAAACAUUCGCCGUGGAAGCAGACCUGGAAUCGAAAUGCGGGACUCGCGAACAAGAAUGCUUUCUCUCACGUGGAUUGCAUCGCCCAGCGGAGUCACGGCUGGAGACCGCUGCGUGGCUUUGUGAUGGAUAGACCAGGAAAGGACAACUGUGUACAGUGCUGGACUUCUGUGACUCUACCACAGACUGAUGACCAGCUCGUUCAAGACAAGGAACCAAGAUUGUCUUUCCCUGAUCAGACCCUCAGUAGUCAGCGCAGAACUCAAAGUUGCUGUCAUACCUUCGGUGCGCCUGUCUGGAAGAGCAACACCAAGUUUCGCAGAGAUAGCCAUGCCAUGGAGCUCCCCGGUCCAUCUCGAGCCACAGACAGAAGUGUGCGUUUUUAUGCUUCGGCUUCGACAACUGCGACCGACUCUGUGAAAACUUCCGCAAUCACCAGCAGCAGUGGAAUUUUCGACAGACUGCAGCAGGUCAAACUGCAGAAACAUGUUGAGCGACUCCGCUGGCUUCAGCAACAAAACAGACGAUCAGGGGAAAUCGUUUUCUGGGGGGCGGAAAACCUGUGGGGUUAUUCGACUGCUGAACAAGGGGAUGAAGGGCAGCUGGCUUCCUGUGGUUUCUGUCAGCCUAUCGUGAAUGUGGGCAUGACCAGUGGCGCAGCAUUGAGCAGGAGGGGAGCUUCAGGGAAGCCCCACGCAGCGGUGGGCCGUGAAUUGCAGACAUGGUCUACAUGGUCAGGCCACCAAUCAGAACGAGAACGCGGACUCAGCUCUCUCACAGAGCUGGUAGCAUUCCUUCUCAAGGACGGGGUGUGCAGUUGUGGUAAAGAGACGUCUCUGAACAGCGUAUCUCCUGCCGUCGGAGUUACCGAGGGAGUAGAACACUACCAGAGCAGUAGUGUGUCGGGCAAUAACGGCUCAGAUUGCCAAAGAGGACUGCCCGUCCACGAGUCGUAUACGCAGGGGUGUGCCCUGGAAUCUUCGAACCAUGUCGGAGAGAGGAAAAACGGGACCAGAAGGACAAAGACAGAAGAGUGGGAGGACCCUGAGACGUUUGUUUUUGGAAACUGGCAACCAAGAAGACAUCACGCCGGAUCCGUGCAGAGAACUGCCGGGUGAAGAGGAGAAGCCGAAUACACACGAGAAAGACAAAACAUCUACGGCUGGAGAUGUCGUAUAGCAAAAUAUUUGUUUAUCGGUAUGCUGGCGCUCCCACGCGAGCCAAGACGCCUUGUAGUACGCGGAAAGUUGGCACGUGUUUGCGUGGUAUUUAUGUAGCCGACAUUCAAGGGUAGCUGUUGUCCAUCCGAACGCGUGGAACAGCAAACAAAGAGUGAGGUCUAUCUAAUCGCUGUAGUUUCGAGAACGGUUGAGCUUCAAAGACGGACAAUUUGUGUCUCACAUUGUGGUGGCAACGUACAGAAGGAAAAUGUCGGGCCAGACAGCGAUGUGCAGAUGCAUGCGUUACAGCGUUUACCUGUUACACACUCGGUGGUACGCUUCUUUCCGGAUGACGUGAGCUUUUCUGGAAAGCAACUUUGCUCUUCCGUUGUAGCAGGUGAGGGAGUCUUGUUGUGCCAAGGAGUCUCUCCUCUUUUUCCAUCGGGAAGGGGCAGGCAGGAGUUACAUUGACAAGACAAUGAUCUCCUGUCUUAGUUUCACGGAUACGGGAGAAGUCACUGUUUCUCGGUGGCGUAACGAUAUGAAAUUUCGCUUGUUUUGUUAGUUCCCAGUAGAGUCUUGUCGUCUGGUCUGCUGGGAAUGGAGGCCCUUCCCGUAACUAGCGUGGCAAUUGGGUAAAGCGUCGUGUUGCCAGCGAUGUGUGUGAAAAUGUCGUUGUUCUGUUAUAGUUUCAUCUACGACUCUUAAACCAAGAAGUACAGGCGCAGGGGCAAACCAACGAUGAAGCUGCUGAGUGCUCACAAAUGGAGUGUUACUGGUCCUGACUUGCGGAUCGUGCAGGAGAAAUAAUGCAGGCCUUCAAGUAAUGAAAACCUCAGUGUCGAUAACCAGCACCAGGUACAAUGCCAGCGGAACCAUCGGAAUUUACCAUCGUUGGCGUAUAUUCAUCGGUAUCGCGAACGCUUCUGCAGACACCCGGAACCGGAAACCGCUAUGCGACAGAACUACUACGGACACACAC